GUUGACUGCCUGCUACGUCAGAACACCUCGGCCACAACAACAGCCCGACCCCCGUUGCUGGGUGUUUGCUGUUAGCAUUCGCUGCAUAGCCGCCGAUUAGCUAAACGCGCACGAUGUUAAACUAACGGAAAAGUUGGUUUUUCGUCGAUGUGAUCGUUGUUUUCGGCGUCACUUUGCCCUGAAGCCCGAGCUCCUUACAGCUGCUGUCGCGCCGCUAGCUGCCAAGCCUGCUAGCUAACCCUAGCUAAACGUCGGCGAUCAAGCCAGGGAAGAUGGGGUCCAUCCUGAGUCGCAGAAUCGCUGGGGUUGAGGAUAUCGAUAUCCAGGCCAACUCGGCCUAUCGAUUUCCACCCAAAUCUGGGAAUUAUUUUGCGAGCCACUUCUUCAUGGGAGGAGAGAAAUUUGACACACCACACCCAGAGGGAUACCUAUUCGGAGAAAAUAUGGACCUGAAUUUUCUUGGAAAUAGGCCAGUGCAGUUUCCAUAUGUGACGCCUGCACCCCACGAGCCUGUGAAAACCCUGAGGAGUCUGGUGAACAUCAGGAAGGACUCUCUGCGUUUGGUCAGAUAUAAAGAUGACUCUGACACACCAGUGGAGGAAGGUGGACAACCAAAGGUUAGGUAUGGUGUGGAGUUCACCUUUGAUGCUGAUGCUCGCGUGGCCAUCACCCUCUACUGUCAGGCAUUUGAAGAGUUCUCCAAUGGGAUGGCAGUUUACAGCCCAAAGGAUCCAACAAUGGUGUCUGAGACUGUGCAUUACAAGCGAGGGGUGAACCAACAGUUCUCCAUGCCAACUUUCAAAAUCGACUUCUGCGAGUGGAAAGAGGAAGAUCUGAACUUUGACCUUGACCGAGGAGUAUUUCCGAUCGUUAUCCAGGCUGUGGUUGAUGAAGGAGAUGAUUGCCUUGGACAUGCUCAUGUGCUUUUGGCAGCUUUUGAAAGACACGUUGAUGGCAGUUUCUCCGUCAAGCCUCUGAAGCAGAAACAAAUUGUGGACCGUGUGAGCUAUCUCUUGCAGGAGAUUUAUGGGAUUGAGAACAAAAACAACCAAGAAACCAAGCAAUCCGACGACGAGAACAGUGACAACAGCAAUGAAUGUGUUGUCUGUCUCUCGGACCUGCGAGACACACUCAUCCUUCCCUGCAGACAUCUUUGUCUCUGCAACUCCUGUGCAGACACGCUCCGUUACCAGGCCAACAACUGUCCGAUCUGCAGGCUGCCCUUUAGAGCCCUCCUGCAGAUCCGAGCUGUGAGGAAAAAGCCUGGAGCUCUCUCUCCCGUGUCCUUCAGCCCUGUUCUGGCUCAGAAUAUGGACCACGAUGAGCACUCAGGCACAGACUCGGUUCCUCCUGGCUUUGAGCCCAUCUCACUGUUGGAGGCUCUGAAUGGUCAGAGGUCAGUGUCUCCUUCCAUCCCAUCGGCCCCGCUGUACGAUGAAAUCAACUUCUCGGGGGGUGUAGGAGGGGACGGCAGGCCGCUGAGCUCCCCGGAGCAUUUAAGUGAUGGGAGUCUGCAGAAAAGCAAAGUCAGCAAGUCACCUGAAAGCACCCUUAGGUCUCCAUCCUCUCCCAUUCAGGAGGAGGACGAGGAGAAGCUGUCUGAGAUGUCUGAUGCUCAGCCUCACACGAUGCUGUCCAGCAGCCCCGCCCCCACAGAUGCCACAGCUGCUGAGGACGUGGCAGAGUCCCUGUCUCCAGAUGAGGAGGACAGGAUGCAUUCUGGGGGAGACAUCCUGCAGGACUGCAGCAGCGAGCACAGCAGCUUGACCAAAACAGAGAGCGACCCACAGGGUGACCUAUCUCUACCAGCUCUAGGUCCUGAUUCCUGCUCUAUUGGUAUGGAGGAAUAACUGUGGAUCAUCAGAAAGCUUGAAAAGUCAGAGCACAAACAGCUCCAGCCAGCCUCUCCUGUGUCCCACGAGCAGCCUUCACAUGGAGGACGAGCAUCUCAACCCCUAACUCUGAUCCAGCGUUCCCCCCCGACCGCCUCAUCCAUCAGAACAGGUUCGUGCUGUACAAGGAUCAGCCAGCAGCUCUGCUCCUUCUACACCUCAGGCCAGUCUCCUGCUUGCGGGGUCAGAGUUGACAAAGACCCAGAGAGUAACUUCACCAGGAUGAGGGAGGAUUGUGUUAACCCCAUCGCCUUCUCUGACAUAAAAAAAAGAAAUCGGACUCCUGCAAAGAUGUUCUUUAUACCUUACUUGCUUACCGUUUCCCCGUCUUUGAAAACAUUUCAUGAACUGUCUGAUGGUGUUUUGGUUGUGUGUGUUGGGAGGAGUUGUGGUCUAGUAAUGUGGAUCCCAGAGAUAAUUCACUACCUAUCAUGGUGGUGCUUUUAAGCACACUUACUUUAAAUUCACUCAGAAUCGAUUUCUUGUUACUAGAUCCAGAAUAAUUGAUAGUAAAAACAUUUGUGUUUAGAUGUUGUAUUCAUCAGUGAAAAUGCAUUAAGGACAUGAUAUCCUAUUUUUGCAGUCAGGUGAGCAUUUUGGGUUCGGAGCAGAAAUUUCCAAACAUAUGAUUAAUACAUGUGUGUUCAUUUGAAGUGAUUUUGCACUCAUUUAUAAUCCAUUCCUUCUAACAAGAGUAUAUGAUGGCAUUUGUUUAAGUCUUAAACAUCUACACGUCAGUGUUUUAUUCUGAUUUCAAAUGAUGUGAUAUCUAUGUAUCAUAACUGUACUAGAAUCCUGUGUAGUUACUUAACAAUUGUAUACUUGCAUAUUAUAUGAGAGAGAAAAAAAUCCUGAUAUUGAAGAAAUGGAGCUAGAAUCAGUAAACAAUGCACAUUAUUUAUAACUUCGAGGAUAAGAGCUACCGAUUCACAUCCUAGCAGCUGAACUCAAAGAUACAGCCUGCAACAAGCAUAGACGCUCCAGCUCCAUGUGUGCUCACUCAAUUUGGCACAGUCAGCGUGCUUGUCGUAGAAGUGGCAGAUCUCCGUACUGUCUUUUAUUUGUCUGCUUAUGUGAUGUAGCUGCGAAAAAAAGGGGGUCGGUGUUUGUGUGGCUGCAACGCCUUUUACUUACCUUGGUCAUGUAUGUGUAGCGCCAUGCAUAUAGAUCUUUGUGCCUUGAUUUGAUAUGGCUGCUUGCUUGUUGCAUUGGACAUUAGUGUUCUUCAAAUGCUAAAGUACAUUUACUGAAAACAGUUUUCAGCCCAUAGGCAGGAUAUUUGGAUGAUGAUGUACAGAGCCUUUUUUUUAUCGCAAACUUCAUGCUACUGGGAAAUUGUAUAAUGUUAUUGAGCAAUAUUAAAUCAAACUGUUUGUUUACUAUGUUACGAUCAAUUAUGCAUUUAAUUUUAGUGUUAAGGUUCCAGUGGAUUCUCUUACUGUGUGUUCUACUAAAGGAAAACACCCAAAGCAACAGAUGCAAACAUUGCAUUUUUAAUAAUCGGACUAGACUUUGCAUGUGAAUUUGUUGACGUGUUUAACGUCUCAUGGCUUUUAAGUAACAUGGUUUAUCCCCCCCCCCCUUCCCUCCUUGUCUUUUGUGCCAUUUCAACUUGACACUGUGCCUUCCUGUUCUUGUUCUGACCACUAUUGACCUGGUAUCCAGGAUAACUCCACAUUAGGUGGUUUGUGGCUCUCUGUAAAAUCAAUACCAGUCUUUCCCUGUGUGUAUAGCAGCAUGUGUAUAACAAUAAAGAACAAAGAUUCUCCUCAGCUACCACCCGC